CGACUAUAGAGGCAAGCAUCAUACGCGCCCAUGCCAGCUGAAACCGUCAACAACGAGUACGUGUACGUCUACACUCUCGACUCCACCGCCGCCAGCCUCAUCGCCAUCAGCUUUGCGCUCUUCAUCGUUCUGCCCAUCGCUACGUGGGCCUGGUUCGUGAGCCCGCUCUGGCGGAGCGGCGGCACGAGCGGCUGGAUCGCGCGCGGCGGCGGCGGGCGGAUGCACAGCACGGCGAGGGGCGCGAAGCGCCGCACCCCGCCGCCCGCCCUCGUCUCCUUCCGCGACGUGCACUACUCGGUGACGCUGCCGGGCCGCGAGAGGCAGGAGCUGCACGUGCUCAAGGGCGUGAGCGGGGUGCUGCGGCCGGGGACGCUGACCGCCAUCAUGGGGCCGUCGGGCUGCGGCAAGUCGACCCUCCUCGACGUCCUCGCCGACACCAAGCGCGUCGGCGUCAUCGAGGGGGACGUGCGGCUGAACGGCGCAGAGCGCGGGCCGGACUUUCGGUCGACGUGCGCGUACGUGAUGCAGGAGGACUGCUGCCACUCGACGCUCACCGUCCGGGAGACGCUCUGGUUUGUCUGCGCGCUGCGGCUCGGUCCCGACAUUGGCCGGCACGAGCGGCUCGAGCUGAUUGACGCGACGAUGGAGGACGUUGACCUCGCGCACGUCGCCGACACGCGGAUCGGCGACGACGUGUCUGGAGGCUUGUCGGGCGGACAGCGCCGCCGCGUCACGAUCGCGAUCGAGCUCCUCUCUGGCCCCGCGCUAGUACUGCUCGACGAGCCAACCUCUGGGCUGGACGCGUACGGCGCGCAGCAGGUGGUCGCGGCGCUCCGCCGCUUCGCGGACCGCGGCCGCACCCUCGCCUGCACCAUCCACCAGCCGCGCGCCGAGACGUUCCGGCUCUUCCACCAGCUGCUGCUGGUCAAGGCGGGCGAGACAAUGUACUGCGGGCCGGUGGCGCAGGUGCCCCGCACUGUCUACCGCACCACCCACGGGACUGAACCCACGCUUGGAGGCGACGGCCCUGGCGGGGACGGUGCCAGUGGACUCGCAGGUGCCCGACUUUCUUCGCGGCUGCGGCGUGCCGUGCCCGCCGUCGGUGAGCUCGCGCCGCCGUGGGCCGUCGAGACAUUGCGUCGGGACACGUCUGCACGGCGUGUCCGAGACGCGUUGUCCCCCCGGCAGGUGAACCCCGCCGAUGUGGUGGUCGACCUCACGCACACCAAGGAGGCGGACGCGGACGAGGACGGCGGCGAGGCGGUCGAUUUGGUGGCGCGCUUCGCAGAGUCGGACCUCCGGCGCGAGAUGCGACGCGUCCCAUACCUCCGCCGUGCCGAACCCAGCGUGGGUUCAGUCCCGUGGGCCGUGCGGUAG